CAAACGAGCGCGUUGCCAAAACUUUGGGAGCUCUCGAAAACGAGCGGGUCUUGGUUUUCCAUUCCCCCCCUUCUCAACUUCUCCACCGCCGCCGUCGCCCCCCUUCCCUUCCCUCUCUCGUCUCUCUUCUCUUCUCCCUCGCUCCGAGAAUGCUCUCAAGGUGUCGUUGAUUAGUACUCUCAGAUAUGCCUCUCUUUAAACGGAAGCCUUUUCAGCUGUUGGAAGCGCCGAAGGAUUUGGAUCAGAAUGAGCUUGUUUUUCAAGUUCGUUUUACCAAGGAAGUAUUUCGUGAUUAUCAAGAUUAUCUUGAUAGGCUAAAUUUGUACCGGCAAAGAGUCUGGACAUGUAAGGUUACUGGGAAAAGCAACUUAACCUAUGAAGAAGCUUUGGUUUCAGAACAUCGUGCAGCAGAGAGAGUUCAGCAGUUCCCGGAUGAACUAAUGGCUCCUGUCCUCCAAAUGAUCCAGUAUAGUACACUCACCUUGAGAGAUCUUGUUGAUGAAAUUUAUGCUAAGUUACAAGAACAACUUUUUGUGGGCAUUGAAUUGUUUGGAAAGAAAGACCAAUCUAUUUAUGCAUGUAAAAUCUUAAAAAUUUUGGGAGAUGGAGGCACAACUCGAUAUGCAAUAGGUUGGCUUGAUAAGGAUAAGAAGGUAAUAGACACUUCAGUUGUCAGUGCAGAAGACCUGGUACGGAAGAAGCCACCAUAUAGUAGGUAUAUACUGAAAGCAUUUGUCAGGGAAUCAACCAGACAAGGUUUGCCAUGGGUGGUUCAUGAAAAGCUUGCUAAGAAGUAUGGGAUCUCAACUGUACCUCCGGCAAAGUUGCAGAAUAAUGGACAUGUAAGCAGCACUAGGGACAGAAAGAGAGCUGGAGUGAAUGAUAUCCUGGAUAUAGAAAAUGUGAAGAAAAAGAGAAAAACAAAAGAAGAAGAAAAAGUUAUAGCAGUGCCAAUUAAGUACCCAAUUGAUGACCUUUUAGUGCAGCCAGCUGCAGAUGAUCCCAUUUUUGCCGAUCGCCCUCCCCUCUGUACAGACUUUAAGGUGCCAAUGGAUUGUGUGGGGGACCUUCUGAUGAUCUGGAACUUCUGCGCUUCUUUCAGCAGGUUGCUGAAUUUGUGGCCAUUCUCUCUUGAAGAUUUUGAAAAUUCAAUUUGCCACAAAGAGAGUGAUCUUGCCCUUAUUGUGGAAGCACAUGCUGCGCUUCUCCGCUUGCUUAUAAAAGAUGAAAGCAACUAUUUCAUGGCUAUUCAGAAAAAGAAACGCAAAACAAAGAUUACACUAGUCAACUGGGCAGAGUAUUUAUGUGACUUCUUGGAAAUGGGUAAUCAACCAGAAUUAUCUGGUCGUUUGACUACUAUAAAAAGGGGUCAUUAUGGCCUGCUGGAUGCUCACGUAAAGCUGAGUAUUUUACGGGAGCUGGUGGAAGAGGCUCUUUUGACUGGUGCUGUUAGAGUGAGGCUAAAUGAAUAUGUUGAACAACAGCAAGUGCUUGCAGCCACAAAAAGGGACCAAAUUAGAAAGCAAAAAGAAGAGCAGCAUUUGAAAAAGGAAGAGUCUGCUACUAGUGAAAUGAGCCAGAUACACUUGUUGGAAAAUGGAAAAACAAACCUGGGCAAUUUGGAUUCUCAAGAAAAUGGUGUAAGAAAGGAAGAUACCACAAAUUCAAAAGACGCCAAAAGGAAACUGAAAUCAAAUAAGGAAGGUUUUGCAGAGAAGGGAAACACUGCUUCUGGUGCAGGAGGAAGUUUGAAGGUGCAAAAAAAGGGUACAACUAGGAGCAAAGAGUCUCAGGAAAAGACUACUGAAGAACAACAGAAAGAACAUAUUGAACGGGAGAUGGAGAAAUUGUCCAUACGCUCAAGUUCACUUGGUAAAGAUAGAAACCACAACAGGUAUUGGAUGUUCCGACGUGAAGGCAGGAUUUUUGUUGAGAGUUUAGACUCUAAGCAGUGGGGUUACUAUAGCAGCAAAGAAGAGCUUGAUGCUCUUUUGGGUUCAUUAAACCCAAAAGGAGAGCGGGAGAGGGCUCUUAAAAAACAGCUGGAAAAGUUAUAUAACAAGAUAAGCAAUGCUUUACAGAAGAGAUCGAAGGAUGUUAAUCAAAAGAUCCUACUGGAAGAGGCUGUGCUGCGGAGAUCUACUCGUGUUCGAGCUCAACCCAGGGAUUCCCAAGCCACCGCAUACCUUAAAUAUGUCAAUAAGUGGAAGGAGGGUUGAUUUUCUGUGGAUGUUUUAUGAGACAGGGAAAUUAGAGAAUGUAGGUAGAUAAAAUUUGGUGAUUCAAGAGCUUUGAAGUUCCUCAAAUUUUGUAUAUGGUGAGGUAUGAGAGCGAAAGUGUAGCUUUUUGUUACCUGUGUCCAUCCUUCUUGAUGCGCUUUUACUCACACCGAAAGGGUGGAUUUAUCUUAUGAAAUGUUGUUACAAAAUCAGGAGCAGUUUUCUUACAGGCUACUUAAUGUAUGAAGUAACCUCUGUUAACUAUGUAACCCAAUAUUUUCAAAGUUUUUCUGUUUCUCAAAGUUGUAUGUUUUAUUUGAUUAAUGCCAACCAUGUCAUGCCA